CCUCCAGAUCCGAUAAGAAAAAAAAAAGGUCAUCAUUGCGACGAAGUCAACUUAUAACGACACCAAAGUAUUCGGUUUUUUUAACGACACAUAAUUGCAAUAUGGCCCCUUACGAUAGUGAUUCGUCAGCCGGCGAAGAGGAUGACUUCACAGAGACCAACGUGCUCCUCGGAUAUGCGUCAAAAGACUCUGGCGAUGAUACUAUAAGUCGAUUAGGUGGCCGUCCGGAAUGGUUGGAUCCAAACAACGCGCCAUCAGCUGCUCUCGCAAGAUGCAAGAUAUGCAAGGAUCUUAUGGUCCUACUCCUACAGCUAGACGGUGGGCUACCGGAUCGCUUCCCCGGUCACGAGCGCCGACUAUAUGUCUUCUCUUGCCGGCGGAAGACGUGUCGUCGCAAAGAGGGUAGUAUCCGCGCUCUACGAAGCGUGCGCAUAGCUCCUGGAAGCGCGGCCGCAGCCGUCGCAACCGCGACGAAGGAGGAGAAGAAGGCAGAGCCUAAAGAAGAAAAGCCGAAACCGCAACCACCGUCCAAUCUAGGAGAGACACUCUUUGGCGCCCAGACACUCGGCUCCCCAUUCGGCUCCACCAACCCAUUUUCCACAUCUACAACUUCCUCGUCCGGUAGUAACCCAUUCGCCACCGGUCGAAACCCCUUCAGCACUCCCUCAUCGCCUCCACCUGCUACAGAGACAAGCCCCGAGCCGAAACCAGAAUCCCCCGCACCAUCUAUCAACACACCCACAGAAGACAACACCAAAUCCCUACCCCGGACCUUCGCCCAAACCCUGAACCUAAACAACGACCAACAACCACCCCCCUCCCCCCAAUCCCCCUCAGAGCCCUGGCCCACCGAAGCCGACCAACCAGCCCCUUACCCAAUCGCCUACCUCUCCGAAGCCGAGUACGAAACCCUCGACCCGACCCCCACCGCCGUCCCCCAAAACACGCGCCUGGUAGACGACGUCGACGACAACGGAAGCAACGCCAAAGGCAGCAGCGGCAAGGAAGACCGCGAAGUCUUCGAGUCCUCUAUGGACGCGGCCUUCCAGCGCUUCGCAGACCGGCUAGCGCAGAACCCGGAACAAGCGAUCCGGUACGAGUUCGGCGGGCAGCCGCUGCUGUACUCCAAGACGGAUGCCGUGGGGAAGCUGUUUGCCGCCGUGCCUGGUACGGGGGGUGUGACGACGGCGGCGGCGGCGAAGGGGAUGCCGCGGUGUGGGAACUGUGGCGCCGCGCGGACUUUCGAGGUGCAGAUGACGCCGCAUGCGAUUACGGAGUUGGAGGCCGAUGAGUUGUCUCUCGAGGGCAUGGAUUGGGGUACUGUUAUUGUUGGGGUGUGCGAGAAAGACUGUCAGGCUCGCGGUGUGGCUGAAGGCGAGGUUGGGUAUCUCGAGGAAUGGGCUGGUGUGCAGUGGGAGGAAUUGACUGCUACGGGUCCUAAACGAUAAUAAGGGAGUUUCUAGGUGUUGUGUGUCUCUGUAGUAAGUACGGUACGAGGAAAAGAGAAAGGGAAAACAAGUAUCUAUAGGAGAGAACUCUUGAGAAGAGUAAUUGAGACUGAAGAGAUUAAGCGUAUCUCUUCCUGCUAUUUCUUGCUUCUAUUAUGCUAGAGCCCUUAACUCGCCCGGCUGCAUUAUUUAAAGGAUUGCGAGAGUCUGAAUAUCGAAGUAGAAAGCUCUGAAAGUAGAAGGGGAGAGAUUGACGAGACUACGUAAUGAUAGGGAUAGAUGCAUUAUGUUCAUUCAGAUCGUGAUUUUGAUUCAUUUCUGAUAUCUCAUGGCCGCCUAUCUAACGACGGCGGAGCAAACAGCACAUCAAA